GCAGUAACCCAGUCCAGGAGAAACAGGAAAGAUCGACCAAGAGAUCCACAAGUACAACACCCCGGGGUUCACCGGGUGCCUCUCCAGAGUCCAGUUCAACCAAAUCGCCCCUCUCAAGGCGGCCUUGAGGCAGACCAACGCCUCAGCUCACGUGCACAUCCAGGGCGAGCUGGUGGAAUCCAACUGCGGGGCCUCCCCACUCACCCUGUCACCCAUGUCGUCCGCCACCGACCCCUGGCACUUGGACCACCUGGAUUCAGCCAGUGCUGAUUUUCCGUAUAACCCAGGACAAGGCCAGGCGAUAAGAAAUGGAGUCAACAGGAACUCGGCCAUCAUUGGAGGGGUCAUCGCCGUGGUGAUCUUCACCAUCCUCUGCACCUUGGUCUUCCUCAUUCGCUACAUGUUCCGUCACAAGGGCACCUACCACACCAACGAGGCGAAGGGGGCGGAGUCCGCCGAGAGCGCCGACGCCGCCAUCAUGAACAACGACCCCAACUUCACAGAGACCAUCGACGAGAGCAAAAAGGAAUGGCUCAUUUGAGGCGCAGCUCUUUGGCUCCGGGAAGUGGGGGGCGAGGGAAGGGGGGAGCGCGACCAGGGAGGAGGGCACGGGACAGAAGCACCCUACUUCCUCCCCCUGAGCACACCCUUCAGAUAUCAGCACAAGCUGGGGGAGGCAAGCGACGGCAAACUGCUGGAGACUGAUGGCCACAAAAAACAAGCAAACAAACAAAUACUUUUUGAUAUUCCUUUAUAGCUGAGUUUCCCCUUCUGUAUGAAAACAAAAAUAAUACAAAAACUGCUUUUAGAGUUUAAGCGAUGGUCAACAUUUGUAGGUACUAUCUGUCGAAUAUUUUGUGUGUGUUUAGAGAGGUGUUCUGAAAACCCACAGUAACAAGGCCCGUUUUCUACAAUUUUCAGCGCCCUUAGAACGUGGAUAUUUUCCCUGGAGAAAAGUUGAUGCACAUGUACAUGGCCUCCCGCGUUUUCUUCUUUUUACAUAGAGUCAGCCUCUAAUGGGCUGUGGUAGUAACUAGUUCGUGUUCAUAAGAUAUUUCUUUGGUGUCCUGUGAAUUGGAAAAGGAAAGGAAGGGACAGAGGGAAGCUGUGAUUUACCAGUCUUCAGAGAGACGUCAGUGUGUGCCCGUUCUCUGAGAGUUCCCACUGGAAGGAGAGGGUCGCGGUCCCUCCUGUGUGACAGAACCAUCAGAACAACCCAGAGAAGCCCUCAGACCCAGGGAAGCAGUCCCUGUUGGAUCGCUGGUUUCACUUUGGAUCAGAUUCUACGCGAUUACACCGCUCCGCAUCUGUAGUCUUAGACCCAUCCGGUGUCUGUAACUGUCAGCUACAGCACCUGGUGAUCAGCCAAGACAAAAGGUUUUCCCUUUGCUUUACCUACAAGAUCCUGGGUUAGACUGCACGUGUGUCUGAGCACCCGGUGGGGAAUUAGAGCCAGAUGUUGAGAUGUGUUCUCUCUGUGUCUUUUAUAGUUGGUAGCGGGAGUGUGGACACUUCUUAGAGAAUGCGUAAGUUAGAUUGCUCUUCUUCUUUUGCUUUAUCUGCUCUUUAUGCACCUGUGACAAGAUCCUAGCAGACAGUGUCCUCUGAAUGGACGAACCAAAAUAAAGCCAAGUUGUGAUUGUGCUCGUCGUUGCUAUUAUUCUGGAAUCAUGUGGAAAACCCUGCCCUAUUCUAACUCAUCUACUCCAUAUGUUAUUCCAUCCUAAAUAGACGCAUGGCCAUGAUUCAGGGACUUUGUUUGGCAGAUAGAUCUGAAGUUCAGGUUCAUCACAACCUGGGAAUUGACCGUUGCUGCUCAGAGAAUGGACAUGUCUGGUCAACCAGACCUCAGUGUAAUCAGGAGCCUUGAUCAACUAAUUCCGGCAAGGAACUAUUUAUUUGAAACUAAUUGACUGUUUCUGUAGACCAGUGGGACAACACUCCUAUUGGAGCAUCCAAAAAAUAAUUUCAUGUAUUUAUUUUACAAGAAGAUUACACAGAAGUUAUUUCUAGAAUAACAACAUUUAUGAUCAUUACAGCUCAGGCUGUUAGACUUAAUAAGUAUGUUAAAAUUUUCUUAGACUCCAAUGUUUUGAGGCAUUAAAUAACACUUUUUUCUUUCUCCUCCUGGAAGGAGGUAAGAUGAGGUUAAAAUCGUACUAUUGAUCAGGUGGCCUGCUUCAAGAAAAUGGAAAUUCUAGUUCGUUUGGGUUAUGUAUUCAGGACACUUCGGGAUACCUUACUUAUUAGAGGAUCUCAGUUUCUUGAGUGAUGGGACGUGUUAUCUUUACUGCACCUGGCACCAGUGCCUGGCACAUUCCAAAGGAGACAGUAGACCAGUUAAUCCACAUUUAAGUUGAGGUCACAGAACGAAAGGGAAUCCUAGUGCCCUUUUACAGUUGCUGACUUCAGGCAUGAGCAUAAACACCCUUUAUAUAAAGCAGUCUUGAUCAUUCUUCCCUAAAAUGCAUUUAACAUGAAAAGCAUUCAUUGUAAAUAAAUAAUUAGAACAUGACAUUCACAAGGACAUAACAAAGAUUAUUAAUUUGACCAAGAUGACUGCCAUUAAGGAUUCUUUUCUAUAUUGUCAAAUUGAAAAAGCAAACUUUAAACUUUAUGUUUUAAAAUGUUUCUGAUUUCUUAAAACCUAUUUGACAGGUAUCACUUUUACACUUGACAAAUAACACCAGAUGGAAAUUUGUUAUUUAUUAUAUUUCCCAUGAUAGUUUUAUUCUACAUACAUUGUCUGAGCACUUUCCCUAUCUUUCCAAAAUUAUUAAGAAUUUAAAACAAUCAAACAUAGCCCCUUCAACUAAAACGUUCCUACCCUUUCUCUCCUCUUUUCUCUUGUCACAGAAAAGUGG